AUGGCAUUGGGCUUGAAAAUUAAUACUUGGAAGAGUUGUUUGUAUGAGGUUAGGAUCGAGGAAUCUUUUAUGAAUACUACUGCAAGUUUCUUGACAUGUAAGAAGGAUGCUCUCCCAUUCACAUUCCUAGGUCUCACUGUGGGUGGAAACCAUAGAAGGGUAUCCUUUUGGAAAUCGAUCAUAUCAUGCUUUAUGGCUAGGCUUUCACCAUGGAAUGGUAGGUUGUUGUCCAUUGGGGGCAAAGUCACUCUCAUCAAUUAUGUACUGAUGAAUCUUAUUAUACAUCAUCUUUCCUUCUUCGAUGCCCAUGCCAAGAUGAUCCAGUAUAUCGCCUCAAUUCAUAGGAACUUCUUGUGGUCUGGCUCGAUGGAGAAAAGAAGCAUGGCUUGGGUAAGUUGGAAGACUCUGUGUAAGCUUAAGGUGAAUGGUGGGUUUGGGAUCAAAGAUAUUGGCUUAUUCAAUAGGGCAUUGCUAACAAAGUGGUUAUGA